UUCUUUAUUCUCUCUCUUACUCUGCAGUCUGCACUAGAAGGGAAAGUAUGUUAUAAACAAAAAAAGGAAAAAGAAAAAUCUAAAGACAAACAAAAACAGCUGUUUCUCUUCGCCACUCUCCCAAUACUAUAUUUAGUAGUACUAUUACAUUUUCUCUCACUAUAUAAUGCAAGAAUAGAAUAAAGUGCAACUAAAAAAGAAGGAAUAAAGUUAAGUGCCUUGUAAAAGGCGCAAGAAUUUGAGGUACAAGGGGUGCUGAAUGCUCAAUGCUGACCAACAUGGAUUGUUCUUGGAUUGCAAUGUGGAAUGUGUUGCUGAUUUUAUUGGUGUUAUUGAGUUCAUGGGUUUCUUGUGGAAUUGCUUCAGUGUCAUAUGACCAUAAGGCUAUUAUUGUAAAUGGCCAAAGAAAAAUCCUCAUUUCUGGCUCCAUUCAUUACCCAAGAAGCAUACCUGAGAUGUGGCCAGAUCUUAUUCAGAAGGCAAAAGAAGGAGGAGUGGAUGUGAUACAAACUUAUGUUUUCUGGAAUGGACAUGAGUCUGAAGAAGGGAAGUAUUAUUUUGAAGGGAGGUAUGAUUUAGUGAAGUUUAUUAAAGUGGUGCAAGAAGCAGGACUUUAUGUCCAUCUCAGGAUUGGACCUUAUGCAUGUGCUGAAUGGAAUUUUGGGGGUUUUCCAGUUUGGCUAAAGUAUGUUCCAGGUAUCAGUUUCAGAACAGACAACGAGCCUUUCAAGGCUGCAAUGCAAAAGUUCACUACCAAGAUUGUUGAUAUGAUGAAGUCAGAACGGUUGUAUCAAUCUCAGGGUGGUCCAAUUAUUCUAUCUCAGAUCGAAAAUGAAUAUGGACCUAUGGAGUGGGAACUAGGUGAACCUGGUAAAGCUUACUCAGAGUGGGCGGCAAAAAUGGCAGUGGAUCUUGGCACAGGUGUCCCAUGGAUCAUGUGCAAGCAAGAUGAUGUCCCUGAUCCUAUAAUUAAUACUUGCAAUGGUUUCUACUGUGACUACUUCUUACCAAAUAAGGCUAAUAAACCCAAGAUGUGGACUGAGGCCUGGACAGCUUGGUUUACUGAAUUUGGAGGUCCAGUUCCUUACCGUCCUGCAGAGGAUAUGGCAUUUGCUGUCGCAAGAUUUAUACAAACGGGAGGCUCCUUUGUCAAUUACUACAUGUAUCAUGGAGGAACAAACUUUGGAAGGACUGCUGGUGGCCCAUUUAUCGCCACUAGUUAUGACUAUGAUGCACCUCUUGAUGAAUUUGGGUUAUUACGUCAACCUAAAUGGGGUCAUUUGAAAGACCUGCAUAGAGCGAUAAAGCUUUGUGAGCCAGCUUUAGUAUCUGCUGAUCCGACUGUGACACCCUUAGGAAACUAUCAAGAGGCCCGUAUUUUUAAGUCGGAGUCUGGGGCCUGCGCUGCCUUCCUUGCUAAUUACAACCAGCACUCUUUUGCUAAAGUGGCAUUUGGGAACAUGCAUUAUAACUUGCCGCCCUGGUCUAUCAGCAUUCUUCCCGACUGCAAGAACACUGUAUAUAAUACUGCGAGGGUUGGUGCUCAAAGUGUACAGAUGAAGAUGAGUCCAGUCAUUAGAGGAUUCUCUUGGCAGUCAUAUAACGAAGACGCAGCAUUGCAUGAAGACAAUACUUACACAGUUGGGUUAUUGGAGCAGAUAAAUACCACAAGAGAUGUAUCUGAUUAUUUGUGGUACAUGACUGAGUAA